GUGAACAAUAGCCGCAGCCCCUUCAGAUCGAGAUUCCAGUUGAUUUUGUGGAGUAUUUUCGCCGAUUCUUGAUCCUACAGGUUCGUCUUCCUCAGGAGAUUCUUUAUCCGAGCUCAACCUGUUUGUUUGGUUAUCAUCUGUGCGUGAAUUGAAGGUCAACUGCUGCGAGAUUACUGUUCAUCUCGCGAACUGGCAGCACUGAUUUCGCAGGGAUUAAAGCCAAAUUGGAGCCUGUUUUUUUUUUUUGUGGAGUUUUGAUCGACUUGAAGCCCUUGAAGUGUUCUUAAUUGGAAUUUCAGUUCCAAACAAAGAAUCACAGGUUGGGGUGAUUAAUUGAAACUCGGACCACUGUUCAUCAGCAACUCUGGUUUCAAUUUUUUCAGGUUCUGCGUCAGUCUCUGCUCUUUGUGUGGCCUGUUGUUUAGGUGUUUCACUACACUUGUGCUUCUUGAUUUCUUUGUGUGGUGCACCCUGUACUUUGGUUCUGGCUUUUCCCUUGCUGCGUGUGUGAAUUGAGGCUACUGCACUGCUGGUUUACUGCUGUUGGUUCUUUCUUUGUCAUGGGGAAGAAAACCAGUAAAAAAGGUACCAAAAAACACAAACAUAUUACCAAGUUUGUGUUUGAUGGAACACCAGUGAGUGAAGCAAGGCUUCGGUCCACUUCAGAGGCAAGCAUAAGUGGUGCUACUGCUGCCAAAACUGGAGCAGUUUCUACUGCUUUGGAAGAGGGAAAUGACCAGCUGGGCAUUAACAAACAUACCCCCAUUACUUCUACUCCUUCAAAAACUGUUUUGAGGGAAAGGAAAUUGAGAAAUGGCAAAACCAUGAUGCAGAACCCACUGGACAAAAAACUUAUUUUGAGGACAACAUAGGAAAGGCUGUGGUUAGUGGCAUGGAGAGGUCUGAUGAUGACUUGGACAAACCUAGAGACUCACCCUCUUUCUACCCUAUUCUACCUGAACCUCCAUCAAAGGAAUUGCCUAGUUCCAGUGGGCAAAACCGAGACCCUUCUGAAGGCUUCCCUUUGAAGAAAGUUGAGGUGGGGGAUGUGGUCAGAAUACCGGCAGAAGGGGUUUCGAAUCUUGAGGAGGAGUGGGGGUUCUGCCUUGUGGGCUGUUUCACAGGCCGGUUUCCGGGCAUCAAAGCCAUAGAGGGGUUGAUCUCCUCAUGGCAUUUAGAGUGCAAGCUUUAUCCUCACGAAAAAGGCUGGGUGAUCUUCCAGUUUUUGAGUGAUGAAGACCGUAGAAAGGUUCUCCAUAAUGGGCCGUACGUCCUCUAUGGUAAGACCCUUUUACUGCGCAUUCUUCCGGAAGGGUUUCGCUUUGAUUUUGAUGCAUUUAUGACGGUUGAUAUGUGGGUUAAAUAUGUUGAUGUGCCUUUGCAAUUGCGGAAUCCUGUUGCCUUCGAGUGCUUGGGGUCUAGAGUGGGAACCCCCAUACGCACCGACGGAGGAACGAAAAAUAAGGGAAGGUUGAGCUAUUGUAGAAUGUUGAUUCGGGUUGACAUGUCUAAGGAGCUCCCUACGUCCUUUGUGGUUUCUCUCCCUGAUGGAGAAGAAUUUACUCAAAAGGUUGUGUACGAAGGCCUUCCAAACUAUUGCUUUCAUUGUAAAAAGUUUGGCCACAACCAAUUGAGUUGUAGGGUUCUCCGAGCCCUAAACCACAGAAAAUCCGGGAAUUAUUUUGACAAGCGUGAUGGAAACAAUUUGGGGAAGGAUGACACGGUAAGGAAAGGGUCUGUUACUCCUGGAUGCCACACCCAGACACGUUCAUUCCUACGAUGCCUCAAACUUAAAGAGACUAAAGAUCUCAGAAACAGAUUUCGUUUCUUCAAAAUCGGCACAGCCAUAAACUCAUACACAGACCCACGUGAAUGGCUACAUUUCAGGCAAUUUAAGAAACCAAAUCGCAAUGGAGUCUACAAUGGUGCUUAAUUGCGUAACACCGCGCCAUAUUACAUUGGUUUCUUAAAUUGCCUGAAAUGAACAAAGCCUGAAAAUCAGAGAAACAUAUUUCAUUACUUCAAAAUCAUCAUAUGCCAUACAAUAUUUACUCACACCAGCACGAAAUUUAGGCGUUUGAGGCAAUGAAAGAAACCAAAUCGCCAUGGCUGCUUCAACGGUGGUUAAUUCCGUAA